AUGGACACGAACCGUCUAAAGGUCGAUGAUCUGCCCAACGACAAGAAGGAGAAGUACAAGUACUGCCUCUCUAUCUAUCUGCAGGUCAUGGCAUACCAGCAGAAGAAGCAGAAUGCUGCGGCCAAUGGCGGCCAAGCCAACAACACCCCCAACCAGCCCAAUGCUGGCACGCCCGCCGGCCAGCAGCAAGUGGCGGGGCAAAAGGGAGCUACUCCUACCAGUGGGCCCUGGUCCAAGCCCCAGUAUGAGUUGUUCCGUCACCAGCAACUUCUGCACGAGAAGGCCAAGAACAACCAGCCAAUCACUCCAGCUGAGAUGAAGACACUCAAAGAUCUCACCAACGCAGUAACACCGUCUCGCGCCAAGGCUGUCGCUGCCGCAGAGAAGGUCGUCGAAAAGGCCGAGAAGGGAUCUGUUGAGCCAGGUGCAGUGAAUGGUGAUAAUGACACUCCCGAAAAGGAAUGGUAUGAGAGCUUGGAAACCCCUGCUGUUCUGAAACAACAAAUUGGCUACGGAAAGUACCGUGUCCAGAAAAACCGGUCGGUUAUCCCGGCUGUGUGGCCUUAUGGCAUCGACCGACAAGGCAUUAUUGAACGCCGCAAGGCAGCUUUGAUUGAUGCAAUGAGCCGUCGACGAGAGGAGCUCGCUCAGCAGUCAGCAUCGAUCGGUGUUUGGGACACUGGAAAGUCCGACGAGCCUACUCGCGAUGAUUCCUUGAAGAUCAAAGUUUACAACGAGCUUGCUGCGAUUGACAAGUGGAGCAAGCAGCAGCGUCUUCGUGAGGCCGUUUCCCGUGAGAUGCUUCAAUAUAGCAAUGGCAUGACUGCGAACCGAUCUCUCCACCGUCGUGUGAAGAAGCCUUCUUUACGCGAGGCACGUGUCACCGAGACCCUAGAGAAACAGCAACGGGAUGCUCGUGAGACUCGGGAGAAGAAGAAGCAGUAUGAUCAGCUACAGGCAAUUCUUUCGCAUCGCCAAGAGCUUGUGAAUGCUGCAGCCUUCCACCGUACUCGUUCUCAGAAGCUUGGUCGCGCCAUGAUUACUCACCAGCAACACAUGGAGCGUGAAGAGCAGAAGCGUGUUGAGCGUAAUGCCAAGCAACGUCUGCAGGCCCUGAAGGCCAACGAUGAGGAGACUUACCUGAAGCUGCUUGGUCAAGCUAAGGACUCUCGUAUCUCGCACCUCCUCAACCAGACCGACAAGUUCCUGAAAGAGCUAGCUGCUUCCGUCCGGAAACAACAGCGUAACCAAGCAGAGCGGUACGGCGAAGAUGAAGAUCUCGAAGAAGAAGACGAAGAGAUCGCCGACAGUGAUGAAGAAGAUGGGGGAGACGCCACGCCUGGAAAGAAGAAGAUUGACUACUACGCCGUCGCUCAUCGUAUUCGUGAGCAGGUCACUGAGCAGCCCAGUAUUCUCGUCGGUGGUACACUGAAGGAGUACCAGAUGAAGGGUCUGCAGUGGAUGAUUUCUCUGUACAACAACAACCUCAAUGGUAUUCUUGCCGACGAGAUGGGUCUUGGAAAGACCAUUCAAACCAUCUCAUUGAUUACCUACAUCAUUGAGCGGAAGCAAAACAAUGGACCCUUCCUGGUCAUCGUUCCUCUCAGUACUCUGACCAACUGGAAUGUGGAGUUCGACAAGUGGGCGCCCUCUGUUUCUAAGGUUGUCUACAAGGGCCCUCCGAAUGCCCGAAAGCAGCAACAACAGCAAAUCCGCUGGGGCAACUUCCAGGUGCUUCUGACCACCUACGAAUACAUCAUCAAGGAUCGUCCAAUUCUCAGCAAGAUCAAGUGGACUCACAUGAUCGUCGAUGAGGGUCAUCGUAUGAAGAACGCCAACUCCAAGCUUAGCAGCACACUUUCGACAUAUUAUGUCAGUCGCUACCGUCUGAUUUUGACCGGUACCCCUUUGCAGAACAACUUGCCCGAACUUUGGGCUCUUCUUAACUUCGUUCUACCCAACAUCUUCAAGUCUGUCAAGUCGUUCGAUGAGUGGUUCAACACCCCGUUCGCCAAUACGGGUGGCCAAGAUCGUAUGGACCUGAGUGAAGAAGAGCAGCUGCUUGUGAUUCGUCGUCUGCACAAGGUGCUUCGUCCCUUCCUUCUGCGUCGUCUGAAGAAGGAUGUCGAGAAGGACCUGCCCGACAAGCAGGAGCGUGUGAUCAAGUGUCGCUUCUCUGCUUUGCAAACCAAAUUGUAUAAGCAACUCGUCACUCACAACAGAUUGGCUGUUAGCGAUGGGAAAGGUGGAAAGACCGGCAUGCGUGGUCUCAGUAACAUGCUGAUGCAGCUGCGAAAGCUCUGCAACCACCCCUUCGUCUUCGAGCCCGUGGAAGACCAAAUGAACCCUACCCGCAUGACCAACGACCUUCUUUGGCGGACUGCAGGAAAGUUCGAACUGCUUGACCGUAUUCUCCCCAAGUUCAGAGCUACCGGCCACCGUGUCCUGAUGUUCUUCCAAAUGACUCAGAUCAUGAACAUCAUGGAGGAUUUCCUUCGCAUGCGAGGUCUCAAAUACCUUCGAUUGGAUGGUUCGACCAAGUCGGAUGAUCGUUCAGAUCUUUUGAAGAUCUUCAAUGCACCGGACUCGGAGUAUUUCUGUUUCUUGCUUUCCACCCGUGCUGGUGGUCUUGGUCUUAAUCUGCAGACCGCUGAUACCGUCAUCAUCUACGAUUCUGACUGGAAUCCUCACCAGGAUUUGCAAGCCCAGGACCGUGCUCACCGUAUUGGUCAGAAGAAUGAGGUUCGCAUUCUGCGUCUGAUCAGCUCCAACUCUGUUGAAGAGAAGAUUUUGGAGCGUGCCCAAUUCAAGCUGGACAUGGAUGGCAAGGUCAUCCAGGCCGGUAAAUUCGAUAACAAGUCAACCAACGAGGAACGAGAUGCCCUUCUCCGCACUUUGAUGGAGACUGCAGAGGCUGCAGAUCAAAUUGGCGAUCAAGAUGAGAUGGAUGAUGAUGACUUGAACGAAAUCAUGGCUCGAUCCGAAGAUGAAAUUAUCAAGUUCCAAGAAAUUGACAGGGAGCGGCUUAUGACGGACAAGUACGGCCCUGGCAAACGUUAUCCUCGACUUAUGUGUGAGGAGGAGCUACCAGACAUCUACUUGCAAGAGGACAACCCGGCGACUGAAGAUGUCGUGACUGAAGUCUACGGCCGUGGCGCUCGUGAACGCAAGUCUACACGGUACGAUGACGGUCUGUCUGAACAGCAGUUCUUGGAUGCCAUGGAGGGUCUUGAAGAUGGCAACGGUCUUUCCUUGGAAGAAGUCAUCGAGAACAAUGAGCGUCGUGCGGCUGAGCGUGCUGCCCGCAAGGAGAAGAAGAACAAGAGGGCUUCCGGUGUUGCUGAAUCCUCACCAGACCCAUCUGUGGACAUUGACGAUGUUGACGAAACUCCCCAACGGAAACGUCGCCGUGGCCCUCCCCCGAAGCGCAAGGCAGAGGAGGUCAUUGAGGAAAAUCCUCAGCCCAAGCGCAAGCGCGGCCGGCAGCCGAAGAUCCCUGACACGCUCAGCAGUGCUGAUCGCGCCACUUUGAACAGCAUUUUGAACAGCGUGGUCACCUCUUUGAAGGAAAUGGAGGCCGAAAUGCCCGUUGAAGGAUCAGACGCGGAAGACGAAGAGCCAAUCAUGCGUGCUAUCAUUGAACCAUUCCUCAAGCCUCCGCCCAAGUCGCAAUACCCUGAUUACUACAUGAUCAUCAAGCAUCCCAUUGCCAUGGACACCAUUGAGAAGAAGAUGAAGCGAGAUGAUUACCAGAGCUUGAAGGAGUUCCGUGACGAUAUUCAUCUGCUGUGCCAGAAUGCUCGCACUUACAAUGAGGACGGCAGUCUCCUGUUCCAAGAUGCGAAUGACAUCGAGAACAAGUGCUUAAGUGAAUUGAGGCGACUCACUGAGGGCCAUCCCCAGCUUGCCAACUUCGAUGAUCCUGGCUCCACCUUUGGAGACGGCCAAUCAACCGGCCUUGCCUCUGGACCUGAUACCCCCUUGACCGCUGGUACUCCUGGAGCGCAACCGAAAUUGAAGCUCACUUUCAGCAACCCCAACUCGAGUGCCAUGAAUGGCGGUGACUUUGAUGCCGACGACGAGUAA